AUGGGCGCUGAUGCGCUGACGCAGGUGCUUUCCAAGCGGAAGCCAAAGACGCGUCGUGGAAAGAAGAUCCUGAAAGAUCGUGAGCCCAAGGUCACCGAGGAUGCCAAGACCGCGAUGAUCAUCCGCGGCACCAAGACCUCGAACGACAUGUCGAUCCUUCUGCGCGAGCUGCACUUGAUCAGAUCGCCUUUGGCGAUGAUCUACAUGCGGAAACACGAGGAGCACCCUUUCGAGGAGUCCCACAAGGUUGAGAAGAUGUGCACGAAGUUCGAUCAUUCGUUGUUCGUCUUCGGUUCCUCCUCCAAGAAGAGGCCACGAGCUCACAGAUUCGGACGCGCUUAG